UUUGAGGGUUUUACACCUCUGCUAAGUCAGUUAGUCAGUCAGUCAUUAGAAAGACAGGAUGGAGCUCAGUCCACUCCCGGUGAUGCUCUUGCUGAUUGUACUCAUAACAAUGCCCCAUGCUAAAGGGACACAGAAAGCUGUGUUGUCCAUUCAACCUGAUAAACAAGUGUACAAAGGAGAAAAUGUUACGCUCAAAUGUGACAUUCAUGAAGGAGGAGACACUGAGUGGAGAUACAACUGGAUGAAGGAUAAUCAAAUCUAUAAAAACAGCACAACUCCAGAGAUCCAUAUCAACUCUGUUAAUAAUUCUUCCACUGGUAACUACACCUGCAGAGGAGACAAAAAUGACUCUCAGCCUUUAGAGUUCAGUGAUGCUGUUACACUGAAUGUAUCAGAGAAACCAGAGCCAAUACUGAGUGUAUCUUCAAAGAACUGGCUGACUGAAGGAGACUCAGUGACUGUAAGCUGUAAGGUUAAAGAUUCCUUUUCAGACUGGACAUACAGCUGGCACAAGGUUGUUCCAUGUAAAGUCAAUGACAGUCACAUCAAGCACAAGCUGCUGCUCCUCUCAGACAGCAACAGAGGAUCUGGAGGUUCCUACACUCUUAGUCAUGUUGUUAUAAAUCACACAGGAUUUUAUAGGUGCAGAGGAGAGAGAGGAAACCCAGCAUUUUCCACAAAGAACAGCAAUUUCAAGGCACUGUGGAUCACUGGUGAACCUCCUCCAGUAUCUCUGAUCAUCAGUCCCAACAGAUCUCAACACUUUUCUAAUCACUCUCUCUCACUGAGCUGUGAGGACCAUAGUCACUCUUCAAAAAGAUGGACAGUGAGACGAUACAUGCAAAAAAUGAAACUGGCAAAUUGUUCACAAUGGGAAUUAAGUUUAGGGUCUACAUUUAACAUCAGCUUCCUCUCCACAUCAGACACUGGAGUUUACUGGUGUGAGUCAGAAACUGGGGAAAACAUUAAUCCUGUCAACAUCACAGUUCAUGAAGGUGAUGUGAUCCUGGAGAGUCCUGUCCAUCCUGUGACUGAGGGACAUCCUCUGACUCUACGCUGUUUAAUUCGCAAUACAAAUUCCUCAAAUCUCCGAUCAGUUUUCUAUAAAAGUGGAUCAGUUGUCCAGAACCAGACUACAGGAGAGUUGAUUAUUCAUAAAGUCUCAAAGUCAGAUGAAGGUUUUUACCGCUGUGAACACCCAGAGAGAGGAAAUUCAACGAAGAGCUGGGUUUCAGUCCUACAUGAGAAAUCUAGUCCUGGAUCCAGAACUGGUACAGAAGUUAUGGUUAUUGGACUGAGUUUGGUGUUUUUGUUCAUCAUUUUUUUUAUCGUAAUGAUCCUGCUGUGGUGCUGUAAAAUAAAGAAAGAAAAGCAGAAAACCAAUCAGACAUUGCAGUGGAAUCAAAGCCAGUCAGUAGCUAAAGACUCUCAGUCAGGGGACACACCACUUCAGGCUGGAAAUGUUAAUAUUUAUGCCACUGUGGAUCAGGGGGAUACGAGUGGAACAGGUGAAACAGCUGAGAGCAUCGAUGUCACUUAUGCACAGGUCAUGAAGACAAAGAAGAAUGAUGUUGAUGCUGAAUCCAGUUGUGGUGAGGUGACUUACGCUGAAAUACAACUAAUAUCAAAGAAAAAAUCUGUGAGAAAAAAAGAAAAAGCCAGUGGUGAUGCUGACACUCUUUACUCAGAGCUGAAGGUUAACAUGAAGUGUCCCAACAUUUCUGGAAAUGGGGUUGAUGAUUCGGAAGGAAUCUCUUAUUCUCCCUGCAGUGAGACAUGUAUCCAAGUCUGUGAAUAAGACACAUGAGGACCACUGGGUAUGGAGGAUGACAUUACUUCUGUACAGCAACAGUGAAAUAAGUUUUUGCAAAUUCAGUAGCACAGCUAUACAAGAUGAAAUAAUAAAGUAAAUACAUAAUGUUCUGUUAAUCUUUCUAUUGGGCUUCAGAUUUAACAAUUAGUUUGAAAUGCCUUUAGAGGUUGUGGAAUGGACUGUUGACAGGUGAACUGCAACUGUUGCAUAUAUAAUCUAGUUUCAGCUAGUCCUUAGCUCAUCAAAAACAAAGCUCAUUACCCACAUUCUUAUUCCCUCUAAAUAUGUUGAAUAUUCAUUCUACCUUUACUUCUAAAUUGUUCUUAUGACAUUUAAACUCAUAUCUUAGUUAAGGUCAUUGUGUAUAUCCUGAUAUAGCAGAUCACUGCCUGCUGCAAUUUUAGUAUAAUACAGAUAUACAAUGAAAUGAUGUGACCAGUGUAGUGUGUUUGCAGCAAUUUUUUCAUUAUUGCUUGUUGUUAAUUUUUUUCACACUUAUUUAAUAGAACACAAUUGUAUACAAUAUAUUCCUCUACCAUAUGUCACUUGUUAUAUUAAUUCUGAUUGCUUUAAUAAUAACAAUAUUAAUAAUGUAUUUGUCAUAAUGUUUAGCUGACACCGUCUAUCCAAAGGGAAAAGGAAUAGUACUGCAUUUUUUUGUCUGCAAUAAUAA